AUGGAAUUCUGCACAUGGUAUUUGGAAGCUUUAAAAAUUAUGUUCAAGUGGUCCAGUUUAAUUCCACUGGUGGGGGUUCUGAUCAAAUGGUGUCUAAUAUUACUGUCGAUUACAGAGAAAAUACAAUGGAGUUUUCUGGCCAAUGCGAUGCCGGCUAUGUUGCAAAUUCUUGCAUACAACUGGUACGGCGAACAAGUUAGACUAAAGGGCUCGGAGCUAUCCACCGCUUUGCUAGGAUUCGAUUGGACAAGCAUGCGUAACAAAGAUAAAAAGAACUACCUUAUCAUUAUCUGCUACAUGGAAAAACAAUUUAGCAUCAAAACAGCUUUGGGCAAUGAUCUGUCUUUAGUAACAAUGACUUCGAUCUUCAAAGCAAGUUACGAAGUCUUCACACUACUCAGGUCAACAUAAUAGGAAUAUAUUUACCUAUACUGCAUUUUAUUUGGUUUGGUUUAAAAAAAAUCUUAAACGAAGAGUCCAAAUCUUCAGUCACACAGUCUUGUCAGCUGUCACCCC